GCCAUCUCCAACUCGCCAAAGACCAACAAACAUUCGGGCGGCGUAAUUCGCCCAGCGCAAAAAUAAAAAAUAGUAAAAAAAAGAAACACCCGAAUUUCACCUGUGCGCGUCUUGUGUAAACGUCAUCGCGAGCCGUUAAAAAAUCGGAAAACAUUACGUCGGUGAGCGGAGAGCAGAGGCAAACACAGAUAAUAACUAGCAAACAUGAGGCUGUUCGCGGCAGCAACAGUUGCGUUGGUACUGCUUUUGGGCCAAGCAGCUGGCGAGGAGCUGACAGAGGAGCGAGAGGUCCUUCGUAGCAGACGCAGCCUGAAUGACAUACCCUUGGGUGGACCUAAGCCAUACGAUGAAGAGGCGGCAAAGGCACAGCUACAGGGCUCACUGAACAAACUGACUGAAGGCGAGGGUCCGCACUACCAAAUCGUGAAAGUUUACUCAGCUUCACGUCAAGUGGUGUCAGGCACCUUGACUCGCAUUGACGCGGACCUAAUCGAUGGUUCUGGUGCGCAGCACCGCUGCAUAGUGGAGAUCUGGUCGCAAGUAUGGACAAAAACUCCGAUGCACGACAUCACCUUCAAGUGCCGCAACCAGCCUGUGGUCCAGGCCCGUCACAGUCGAUCCGUCGAAUGGGCCGAGAAGAAGACUCACAAGAAGCAUAGCCAUCGGGCGUUGGACAAGGUGGAGCAUCUGUUCCACAAGUUCCAGGUACGAUUUGGCCGACGUUACGUGAGCACUGCCGAGCGCCAGAUGCGAUUGCGCAUCUUCCGCCAGAACCUGAAGACGAUUGAGGAACUCAACGCCAACGAAAUGGGCAGUGCCAAGUACGGCAUCACGGAGUUCGCGGACAUGACUAGCUCGGAGUACAAGGAGCGCACUGGAUUGUGGCAGCGGGAUGCGGCGAAGGCCACCGGCGGAGCGCAGGCUGCAGUACCUGCCUAUUCCGGCGAACUGCCCAAGGAGUUCGAUUGGCGUAAAAAAAACGCCGUCACCCAAGUUAAGAAUCAGGGAUCCUGCGGCUCUUGCUGGGCCUUCAGUGUGACGGGCAACAUCGAGGGUCUGUACGCCCUGAAAUACGGCGAACUUAAGGAAUUCUCUGAGCAGGAGCUCCUUGACUGUGAUACCACCGAUAGUGCCUGCAACGGGGGUCUUAUGGAUAAUGCCUACAAAGCCAUCAAGGAUAUUGGCGGACUGGAGUACGAGGCGGAGUAUCCCUACAAAGCCAAGAAAAAUCAAUGCCACUUCAACAAGACUAUGUCCCAUGUCCAGGUCUCCGGCUUUGUGGACUUACCAGCGGGCAACGAAACCGCCAUGCAAGAGUGGCUGGUAGCCAACGGACCCAUCUCGAUUGGUCUUAAUGCCAAUGCAAUGCAGUUCUAUCGCGGAGGCGUCUCUCACCCGUGGAAGGCUCUGUGCUCCAAGAAGAACCUGGACCACGGUGUCCUGGUUGUUGGCUAUGGCGUCUCCGACUAUCCCAACUUCCACAAGACCCUCCCCUAUUGGAUCGUCAAGAACUCGUGGGGUCCGCGCUGGGGAGAACAGGGCUAUUAUCGCGUUUACCGCGGUGACAACACUUGUGGCGUCGCCGAGAUGGCCACAUCGGCUGUGCUCGCUUAGACUUGAUUUGACACCAUCU